UGUAUUAGAUUUUGUUUUAGGCAAACGUUACCUGUGGAGAGGUCGAACUCUUUGCUUCAGCUGAAACAUCUACCCCAAGUGAAGUUUUUUAUGACGUGAAAGGAGAAGCACGAGACAACGAUCCAGCCUCGUUCUCGAUUAAAAACCGAGGAAGGACUGUAUUUGUUCAUUACAUAGGAAAGUUAGUUACAACGAUGGAGUAUUGCAAAACAAGGACCAACACGUUUAGCAUGUUUAGUAUUACCUUCAGUCAAGCAAUAGAUGAAUGUGAAAGAAGUCCAUGUAAAAAUGACGGCACAUGCGUAGAUCUCCCAAGAGGUUUUACAUGUCAGUGUGCUUCUGGAUACACUGGGAGGUCAUGUGAAGACGAAGUUAAUAUGUGCGAAAGCUCACCAUGUCAAAACCAUGGAACUUGUUCGAAGAACGGUAAUGGUUAUCGAUGCUAUUGUGCCUUUGGUUUUUCUGGAAGGCAUUGCGAAGUCAAUAUUGACGAUUGCGCACCAAACCCAUGCAGGAAUGGUGGAUCGUGCUCGGAUCUCGUAAACAACUUCCACUGUUCGUGCCCGAACGGAUAUACUGGUAAAGCAUGCAAUGUCAUUGUAAACCACUGUCGGUCUUCAUCUUGUCAAAAUGGAGGUAGCUGUAUUAGCUCACCCAGUGGUUUCUCCUGCUAUUGCCAAACUGGAUACACGGGCUCAAAUUGUGAAACUGGUAUAGUUCAACCCUCGAACUCCAUUUCCAUGUGUAUACCUAAGGGUAACAUUUAUCACAUACCAUAUCCGAAAGACAAGACAAAGUUUAUUCAGUGUGAUGAGUUUGGUGGGUCAUUUGUUAUGCCUUGUGCCCCUGGGACUCAAUUCAACAAAGAUUAUCAAACAUGCGUUUCCAGAAAAACUGCAGAGUGUCCAAGAGCAGGUUACCAGACAUUUGCUGACCCUCUUAACCCGGGCAGAUUUUACCAAUGCAGUAAUGGUGUACCGUAUUUAAAGUCGUGUCCUGGAGGCCUCGUCUUUGAUGACAAUUACAAGAUAUGUACCUGGUCCACUAGAAAAAGACAGGAAACCGAGAACAGCGACCUCAUUGAUGACGAUGACAAAAGAAACAAUGAUAACAAUAGCUUUGAUGAUGAUGAUGAUGAUGACGCAAUGGAGUCUGAGCGCGAAUUGGAAGAAAGCAAAUUAGAUAACACCUAUGAGAAAAAAAGAAGAGGUAAUCUCGAAAAAUUGAAAGAGGUAGUAAGAAAUUUUCUUGAUUAAAUCGAAUAAAUAAUUUGACGAAUUAAAGUGAAGAUUAAAAGAAUUGUACAUAGAUCUAUAUGUUAGGUUUUAGAUUAUUCCGCUGUAUAUUUAAUGUGUCUAAAUAUUUCUGCUGUAUUUUUAGUACGUAUAAAUAUACAUUUGUUGCGUAUGUCGGAAUUUAAAUGGGUGGCAUUGAAUAAUUCUAAUAUAGUAUAAUAAAAAAAUGUUUUUUUCUUGGUUAUAAUUCUAAACAUAUAUUGUACACACUCGAUCUUUAAGCUGAAUAAACAUAUUUAAAAAGA